UAUUGCGGGCUUCAUUCCCGAGAUGCAAGUGGUAAAUUUACCAUUAAUGAUCCGGGAACGAAGAAGGUUGCUGAUGCUGUGAUGGGCUGGAAGGAAAAAGAAGCUACGGGGGAGUUCACCCCAAAAGGCAAUGUUGACGCAUUGCAUAUGGUCUUAGGGAAAGACCACAGUGGGCGGGUAGUCGGAAAAGGAGGCGUCCGCGUGGGGUUACAGAAGGCAUUCGGCAAAGAGUGUGUUGCUACUCAAUCCCGAACGGCACUGCGGGAAGAAGCAGCAACCCUCCGAGCGGAGAUUACGAAGGACGUUCUCGAAUACUUCUUUUAUAGUCGUCAAAGCCGAUGCGUUAACACUAGAACCACGAUACGUGUUUGGAUUGAUGAAUUGAUGAACCGACGACAAUUCCUUCCGUCGUGA